GUUUCUUUGUAUAUGUUCUUUUAAAGUUUCGACAUCUUGAUGGGCUGAUACAAAAUAUUAUAGCACUCCAAAUCAGAUUAAAAAAACGUUCCAUAUUUAAUCUAGUGAUUAAAGCGCCACCACGAUGAUAGUAUAAAAUGCGCAAAUAGGAAGCACAGAACUAUAAAAGAAACCACCACAAAGACAAAACUCAAAACAAGUUGGGAAAAAAAAAAGAAACAAAACUCACAACAACAUCAAGGUUUUAACUAGUUUUUUUUUUUUUUUUUUUUUAUCAUAACUCUUCAUUGUCAAAUGGCCAACAAAGCUCUCAUCCAUCUCCUCGUGAUCUUCUUCUUGUCUCUAUCACACAUCUUCUUCUUCCCUUCCCAUGCUUCGAGACUUGGGAGUUUGAUGGAGAAGCCCAAAAUUGAUCUACCUCCACAAGAUACACUAAUGGAUGUGAAGGAGGUAGAAGAAAGAGUGGUGAUGGAGUUAAACGACUAUCCAGGUUCGGGUGCCAACAAUCGCCACUUGCCACGACAACGAGGCUGCGUCGUCGAUUGCUGAUAGAUAUAUAAUGUGAAGAAAAAUUAAUUAAUAUAUAUUAUGGUAUCGAUAAAAUUUGAUGUAUAAGUAGCUACUUCUAAUUAUUAUUACGGACUAUGAAUUGAGUUAGUUUAACAUCGGAGACGAUUAGACUAUAUACUUGUCUACUCUUGGGACAAAAGCAUAGUUUUAUUUAUGUAGUUCAGUUAUUAAAUCCAGAGAUGCUAUUGUAUAUAUAUGGAUGAUAUGUACAAGCCUUUAAUUUUCAA